UGAAGUAAGUCUAUUAUCUAUGCUGAGGUAAAUUAAAAUUACGAAAACUAAAGGUUUUAACUUUUAUCUUAAUUCCUAAUAAAAAUCUGUGAGUUCCAUCCGUGAUUUAUCAAUACGGUGUUCUUUGGCUUUUUUUUAAUUGUUCAAACUCGUAAUUUCGUUAACCUAAAUCCCGAGUUAUCGCGAUCCUACAAUGGCAGAUAUUUUGGAUAUAUUGGAUAUUGAUCAACCAGGAGCAUCUGAAAUUACAAGAGAGAGUAUUAUUCACGGCGACAAGGCUAAGAAGAAGUAUGUUACAACCAAAGCAGUGCGGCGUCCUGAGGGCAUGCACCGCGAAGUAUUCGCUCUCCUUUAUAAUGAUAACAAGGAAUUACCACCACUAUUGCCUACUGACACAGGUAAAGCAUACAAACAAACAAAAGCAAGGCUUGGUAUGAGAAAAGUCAGAAAGUGGGUAUGGGCACCAUUUACUAAUCCAGCUCGCAAAGAUAAUGCUGUGUUUCACCACUGGAAGAGGGCAGCGGAUGAGGCCAAAGAAUAUCCAUUUGCACAAUUCAAUAAGCAAGUAUCAAUACCAUCAUACUCUGAGUCAGAAUAUAACCAAUAUUUAAAAUCUGAAGACUGGAGUCAAGCAGAAACUGACCAUUUGAUUGAUCUGUGCCAAAGGUUUGACCUCCGCUUUAUUGUGAUACAUGAUCGCUGGGACCGUGCCGCUUUUAGAGACAGAAGUGUAGAGGACCUGAAGGAAAGAUACUAUAAUAUUUGUGCUAUUUUGAGCAAGGUCAAAACAAAUCCUUGGUCCAACACAGUAACCAUGGUAAAUGGAGAAAAGCGAAUAUAUCAUUAUGAUGCUGAACACGAGAGAAAAAGGAAAGAGCAAUUGAAAAGACUCUUUGAUCGAACACAGGAACAGAUUGACGAAGAACAAAUGUUAUUAGCUGAAUUGAAAAAAAUAGAAGCACGUAAACGAGAAAGAGAAAGAAAGACCCAGGAUUUGCAAAAGUUAAUAUCCAGAGCUGACAGUGGCAAUGUUGUCUCAAACAGCCAAGCCAAUGUUGUUAAUGAUGGACCAAAUACCCCCACCAGUGCUGUCUCCAAUAUUGCAAGAAGACAUGAUAGAAAAUUACACAAGAAAAAACUGACAUCACAACAGAGACCAAUUCGCACUGUAGAAGCUGUGACAGUUGAGUGGUCCGGUAUUAAGUUUCCUGAAGCCCGUGGGACAGGGGUAUGGUUGCGAUCGCAACGCAUGAAGUUGCCCCCUGGAGUUGGGCAACGUAAAUCUAAAGCUCUUGAGCAAGAACUUCGGCUUAUGAAUAUUGAUAUUGCACCGACUCCCACAGAAGCAAUUUGCAAACAUUUCAAUGAACUGCGCUCUGAUCUGGCACUUUCAUUGGAUCUUAAGAAUGCACUCGCUUCUUGUGAGUUUGAAUUGCAAGCCUUACGACAUCAGUAUGAAGCUCUCAACCCUGGAAAGACUUUGAGCAUUCCAGCAUCAAUAUGCAACUCAAACACUGAUGGCGAAGCCAAACCUAUUGGAGAAAUAAUUGAUGUUGUUGGCUCCCCAAGUGCUCUGAAUACAACUAUAUUAUAGUUUUACAUUUUUUUUUAAUAAUAUAUUGUAAAAUGUUAUUUAAACCUUAGGAGUUAAGUGGAUAACUGUAUUGAAUCACUUAAAAUAAUUAAAG